CUCUCUCUCUCUCUCUCUCUCUCUCUCUCACACACACACACACACACACACAAACGCACAAAUAAACAAAAGAAAAGAGGUUUCUCUUUAUCUUUAUCUUUCUCUUGCUAUAUUUUAUCCUUCCACCCCUUUAUCACCUGUCUUCUUCUUCUCUCUCUUAUGAGAAAACUAAGAGAGACAAAGAGGAGUAGCCAUGAAGAACACCAUCAGAUGCUGCAUAUCUUGCAUUCUUCCAUGUGGAGCACUAGACGUAAUACGAAUAGUACACGCAAAUGGCCGUGUUGAUGAGAUCAGUGGAACAAUAAAAGCAGCUGAGAUCAUGAAGGCACAUCCAAAGCACGUAUUAAAGAAGCCCUCGUCGCCAUCAUCAUCAGAAGGUAUGUGUCCGAAGAUCGUUAUAGUUCCUCCUGAUGCAGAGCUUCAACGUGGGAAGAUUUACUUUCUCAUGCCGGUACCAUCCAGCACAACACCAGAGAAAACUCGAUCGAAGUCGUCGAUGAGGAGGAAGAAGAAAGAGAAUCAAAACAAUGUCAAUAGCAAUAUUUCUGUCACAAACCUUCUCAUCUCUGAUCGGUACUUGAGUGAGAUAUUAUCAGAGAAGAUAUCAACACAAAAGGAUCGGAGGAGAGGUCGUGUUGGUGUGUGGAGACCUCAUUUAGAGAGCAUAUCUGAGACACCAAGUGAAUCUUAAUGGUGGGUUAUGAUUAACUCCUCUUAUAUUCGUUUUCAAACAUUGUUUUAUUAGGGUUCCAAGAUUGAGUAUUAAACUCUUCACCUUUUUUUUUCCCCACUCUUGUUCUUUUCUUUAUGUGUAUAAGCGUAGAGAGGAAAUAAAUAAGGCAAAG